AUGGAGAAUAUAAUACUGAUGUUAUUGCUAGCCAUCUUUCAGCUAAUGGUCAACCUGCCCCACGAGCCCAAGCAGAUCCCGAUUAUGGUAUCGACGCAAGAGGCAAUUCACGAUGUUCGACAAUCGAUUAUCGAACUCCCAGGUACUUUCCAGUACUCCUGUUUCCACCUCGAACAUAAGGGCCAACGAAUCAAUGAUUUCAUCCAAAUAUCUGAGGUCGAGGGUCUGGCGGCGGACUCGGAGCUUACUUUGAUCGAGGACCCGUAUACCGAGAAGGAAGCAAGACUGCAUGUCAUCAGAGUUAGAGAAAUAAUUGGUGCUUCAGGAGACCGAACUGAUACUUUGCAUGGCAUCUUGUCGGGUACAUCUCUCCAUGAUUCGGUCACACUCGCGGCAGAAACCUUCAACGGUACUGGUGCAACAGAAGCACAUCCGAUGGCUAGUUUUGACUUGCAGACCCCGGGAACGCUUUCUACUCUGCUUCCCGACGUUCUGGAGCCACAGCCAAAGACUGUGAAAGGAUUAUCACUCUCGCCAUGGAACCCUCCUCCUUACCAUCUCAGACAAAAGGGCCACCUCUUAUAUCUCCAGGUGACUACUAAUGAAGGAGAACAACAUCAAAUCACAGCACACGUAUCAGGAUUUUAUGUGAACAAAUCUACCAACAGUAAAUUCGAUCCAUUCCCAAGAGGCUCCCCGAAGGCUCAUUCGGCACACUCAUUGCUCAACCUGAUUGAGGAGCUUUCUCCUUCGUUUGAUGCUUCAUUUAAAAAACUUUUGGAUGCCAAUAAUACCAAGGAACCUCUGGCAAAUUUCCAAAUUACCAACGCCGUUCCUUCAAGCCCUUGGGUGGUUCCAAGCACGUCUUCACCUCUUGUUGCACAUCAAUCCGACAUUACUCGAACACAAGAGAGCUAUUUAAUAGCAGGAAUUGAGAACACUGAGACCUUGCGAGAUUGGAACGAGGAGUUUCAAUCCACGAGGGAACUGCCCAAAGAAAAUGUGCAUGAUCGUGUUUUCCGUGAGCGCUUGACUUCCAAGCUAUUUGCUGAUUAUAAUGAUGCUGCUGCGCGUGGCGCUGUGUUGGUUGCUAGAGGCGAGGUAGCCCCUUUAAAUCCAACCGAGGGGAGAGAUGCCCAAAUAUUCGUGUACAACAACAUCUUCUUCUCUUUUGGCGCUGACGGGGUAGGCACAUUUGCUUCAGAAGGUGGUGAUGAGGCUGCAAGAGUGGCAACCGGCAAAGAUGUCAUGGGCGUUCGAAUGGUCAACCAAUUAGAUAUCGAUGGACUUUUCACACCCGGAACCGUUAUUGCUGAUUAUAUGGGCAAGCGAAUUGUCGCUCAGUCCAUUGUCCCUGGCAUUUUCAAGCAGAGAGAGCCAGGUGAGAACCAAAUCGACUAUGGUGCGGUCGACGGCAAGGACGUUGUUGCCGCGAAUGAGCAAUUCAUCCCUACCUUUGAGAAGCUGUCCAAGGCUUUGAAAGUCAAGAAACAUGCAGUCUGGGAUAAAGACGGGAAGCGCCAUGAGCUGGAGGGCAGCGUGGAGACCAAGGGCUUACUGGGUACCGACGGCAGAAAAUAUGUCCUUGACCUGUACAGAAUCACCCCAUUGGAUAUAUCUUGGAUGGAGGAAUUUGGCACUGCCAUUGGAACUUCCGAGGUUGUUGACGGUCCAGGUGAAACCGCAUAUCCUCACAGAAUGACUGUCUUACGACCAGAACUUAUUGAAACAUAUUGGAGGGUGAAGAUGCGAGAUUGGGUGAAUGGCGAGCUAGCCAAGAGACGGAAGGAUCAAAAAGAUGGCGAAGGUGCCACAAAGACGCUUGAUAAUGGGAAGACCGAGGAGGGAAAAACUGGAGGUGCUGAGACCUCGGUCGAUUCCAAGGAGAAUAGCGAAGAGGCAGAUACGGAAAUCACCAAGUCUGCAGACGUCGACAACGAGAGAAUCGACAUCUCAAACUUCAACUUCACGUUAAACCCGGAUGCGUUCAGUGGUCAAGAGGCACAAACAGAUUCCGAGAAAGAGGAGUUAGCCAAGGAUGAGCAGGAGGUCAGACUUGCUUGCGACUUCCUUCGCGGAACCGUCCUGCCAGAGCUGAUCAAUGAUCUCAAAGAGGGCGACGUUGGAUACCCAAUGGAUGGUCAAUCUCUCAGCCGAUUACUUCACAAGCGAGGUAUCAAUAUCAGGUACCUUGGCAAGGUUGCUGAACUAGCUGAGGGCAAGAGACUUGAAUCCAUCAGAGGACUGGCCGUACGAGAGAUGGUCUCACGAGCUUUCAAACACGUUGCUAGCAAAUACCUGCGCUAUCUUCCUAUCCCAUUGACAGCUGCGUGCACUUCGCACAUGCUCAACUGCCUUCUUGGUACUGGUCUCAAUGCUAAGCCUAAGGCUGAGGUUGAUGCCAGUAUGACUGCUUUGUAUCCUGAAGCAGAUUUGGCAUUUGAGAAGGUUACACCAGAGACUUUGAGAGCAGAGAUCGAAAAUCAGAUCGCUCGUCGCUACCAAUACACCAUUGACCCUAGUUGGGUUGCCAACAUACAGCCCAUGCAGCUACUUAGAGAGGUCUCGCUCAAACUCGGCUUGCAGCUUGAGAGGAAAGACUAUCGCUUCACAAGCCAAACACCUGUCGCAGAACCUUCACCGGCUACCAAUGGUUCGGCCUUGAAAGAAAUUGGUACUAAUGGCCAGAGCACAAGCAGCAGCAAGAAGAAGAAGAAGGCUCGCGAUGGAUCUCCAGCCUCUGUUACAUCUGCACAUUCUGCAUCCCCUCAGACUUUUAGCCCUGAUGACAUUCAUAAUGUUGUGCCAGUGAUCAAAGAGGCAUCCCCCAGAAGCUCCUUGGCUGAGGAGGCUCUUGAAGCCGGGCGAAUCUCAAUCAUGCAAGGUCAAAAGAAGCUCGGCCAGGAGCUGUUACUCGAGUCCCUUUCACUGCAUGAACAGAUUUACGGCAUCAUCCACCCAGAAGUUGCCCGAGUCUACAGCUCAUUGUCUCAAACCUAUUACCAACUAGAGGAGAAGGAGGCAGCUUUCGAACUUGCUCGCAAAGCCGUCAUUGUCUCCGAGCGAACAUUAGGUAUUGACAACGCAGAGACUCUCCUCAACUACCUUAACCUGGGCCUCUUCUGCCACGCCUGCGGCGAAACAAAACUCGCUCUCCAAUACGUCAAACACGCCCUCGAGCUCUGGAAAAUCAUCUACGGCCCCUCGCACCCGGACUCCAUCACAACGCUCAACAACGCAGCCGUAAUGCUGCAGAAUCUAAAGGACUUCCACUCCUCGCGCCUCUGGUUCGAAGCCUCCCUCAAGAUUUGCGAAGACCACUACGGCAAACACUCCAUCAACUCCGCCACGCUCCUAUUUCAACUCUCACAGGCCCUGGCUCUGGACUCGGAUUCCAAGACCGCCGUGAACCGCAUGCGCGAGUCCUACAACAUCUUCCUGCACGAACUGGGUCCCGAGGACAAGAACACCAAGGAAGCCGAAAGCUGGCUCGAACAGCUUACGCAGAACGCCGUCUCGAUAGCCAAGCACGCGAAGGAUGUGCAGAACCGUCGUAUCCGCGCUGGCAUUCGAGUCUCGCCGCGCGUUACGCUCGGACAGACGCACCCGCAGCCACAGGUUGGGCAGACGACAUCGGGGCGCGAGCAGCUAGGUGGGCGGACUUUGGAUUCGAGGACUAUCGAUGAGCUAGUCAAGUUUAUCGAAGGGACUGAUGCGCAGGCAAAGACGAAGAAGAGACCCGGACGCAGUAACCCCAAGAGGCGCGGUGGUUCAACUUCGGCUGCUAUAUCGUAG